GGCGACAGUGGCUCCCCUAGCGGCGGGGGACCGUGGAACAGGUACAACCGGUUCACGUGUAAUACGACGAUAACUGUCCUUUAUAGAGUAUCACUUGUCUCUCAGUCUCUCACGAAUCCUCGGACCGAGUACGACUGGUCAGUGUGGUUUCAAAAGUGAUCUGAAUAUCGGAAGAUUACAAUCGUCCAGAAAGAGUUGAACGUUUGCUUCGACGGAGGGUAAGACGCCACAGAUAUUUUCUUCGUCGAAUUUGAGUUCCUCGAGAUGACGGCUGAUAAGAAGAGUAAGGAGUCCAAAGAGGAGAACGAGAGGGCAUCGAGAGAAAGGACGCCGAAGGAAAAUGGGAAGAAAGCAGAGAAAAAGGCACCGAAGUCAGGUGGCAGUAGCUUUUUAACGUGGUCUACUGCAAUUGCCGUUUUAGGAGUGACUGUUGCCCUCGUGGUGACUGUGCAUAAGUUAAACACCCAAAUUUCCGCGGAAAAGGUGCUCUACGCCAAACAGGUCCAAGAGUUAGAGGCGGAAGUGUCCACCGCGAAAACCAAAGAAACUGUGGCCGAAAGUGAGAAGCUGGACGCUCUUUCUAAGGUCACGGAACUGGAAAAUCAGGUCAAGGAGGCCAAGGAAAGACUAGACGCUGCCAAAAGAGAUUUAAAAGAAAAGAACGAUCAACUGCAAAAUGCUGGGAAGGAAAUUCUGGACAAGAAAGCCCUGAAUAGUGAAUAUCAGGAGAAACUAGAAGCAGCCAGCCAAAAACUGACAGAAAAAAGCAAACAACUCGAAAAUGCUGAAAGGGCGAUUCAGGAAAAGAAUACUCAAAAUAAUCAAAUUCAGGAGAGUCUAGAAGCGGCCAAGAAAACAUUAAAAGACAGAACUGAACUACUACAAAACGCUCAUAAGGAGAUUCAGGACAAGAAUGCUCUGUUUAGCGAAUAUCAGGAGAAUCUACAGGAAACCAAUCGUAAGCUUACAGAAAAAUCCGAACAACUGGAAAGAGCUGAAAGGGAGAUUCUGGAUAAAAAUGCUCUGAACGCUCAGUACCAGGGUAACCUGGAGGCAGCCAAGCAAGACCUACAAAAGACAGCGGAGCGACUACAAAACGUUGAAAAGGAACUCCAGGAAAAGGAUGCUCAGAACAACGAAUAUAAGGAUUCACUGCAAAAGGCCGAAGUAGAAGUCACAACAAUGAAAGAAAUGAUGAAAACUAACCAAGAGGUCUUAGAAGCUGCCGCACAUGACUACGGCGAACUGGAGCGAAAAUCCAAGGAGGAAAUUAAGGCGCUGAAGGAGGAGGUCACAAAAAUUGAGAAUGCCAACCAAGAAAAAGAGGUUCAGCUUCAACAAUUACAAGCGUCUUUGUCAGAACUGCAACACAACGCAGAGCAGAGGGGCGCCGCUGAGGCACAACUCGGCGAAGCGAAGGGUCAGCUGGAGUCCCGCAUCCGGGAACUGGAUGACCAUGUGAAGGAGAACGAGCGGGUGAUCGCCGAGGCGCUCAACCUCCUGAACGCCAAGGACCAACAACUGACGGAGAAGGACGCGCAUCUCAACAACGCCUUCGGGGAGAUCAACACUCUGAAGGAAGCCGUGGCGGCCAGGGACGCCUCUGUUCUCGACAUGCAGGCUAAAUGGGAACAAGCAACCGCUACAGCGAGCAAUUUACAAGAGGAACUUAGGAGGAUUCAAGCUGCAGGCGAGAUGCAACCUCAAAUAGACCAGACCCAGCCAGACGCUCAGCAGGUUCCAGUUCAGUAAAAACAAAUGAACAGCAGGGUUCCGGAGAAUGCAAUAAUUUAUAAUACACACAUACCGACAUAUAUAUAUAUAUAUAUAUAUAUAUAUAUAUAUAUAUAU